GUGGGUUCGAUGGCCUGGCACAUCGGAUCCUCAGAGAUACCGGGCUUUAGUGGAUACUGGUGCCCAGUGUACUUUAAUGCCAUCAGAGCAUAAGAGUAUAGAGGCUGUUUCUAUUUCUGGAGUGACCGGAGGGUCUCAAGAGUUGUCAGUGGUAGAGGCCGAUAUGAGCUUGACAGGAGACCAAUGGCAAAAGCAUUCCAUUGUGACGGGGCCAGAAGCCCCUUGCAUUCUUGGUAUGGACUACCUAAAAAGAGGAUACUUCAAAGACCCGAAGGGGUACCGAUGGGCUUUCGGUGUAGCCACGGUGAUUGAAGAGAAGUCCAAGCAAUUGUCUGCCCUAUCUGGCCUCUCAGAAGAUCCUUCCAUUGUGGGACUACUCCAAGUUAAAGAUCAGCAAGUGCCUAUAGCCACUGCAACUGUACACAGGCGACAGUACAGGACAAAUCGAGAUGCUGUGAUCCCCAUUCACAAGAUGAUCAGGAAGUUAGAGAGUCAAGGGGUGGUCAGCAGAACACACUCACCCUUCAAUAGCCCUAUCUGGCCUGUACGUAAAUCCGAUGGAGAAUGGAGACUGACAGUGGACUAUCGUGGCUUGAAUGAAGUCACGCCACCAUUGAGUGCUGCUGUACCAGACAUGUUGGAGCUCCAGUAUGAGCUGGAGUCCAAGACAGCGAAGUGGUACGCCACUAUUGAUAUUGCUAAUGCAUUUUUCUCCAUUCCCUUGGCAGCAGAGUGCAGGCCACAGUUUGCUUUCACCUGGAGGGGUGUGCAGUACACCUGGAAUCGACUGCCCCAGGGGUGGAAGCACAGUCCAACCAUUUGUCAUGGGCUGAUUCAGGCCACCCUAGAGAAGGGUAAGGCCCCAGAGCACCUGCAGUACAUCGAUGACAUCAUUGUAUGGGGGGACACAGCAGAAGAAGUUUUUGAAAAAGGGCAAAAGAUCAUCCAGAUUCUCCUCGAGGCCGGUUUCGCCAUCAAGAGAAAUAAAGUCAAGGGACCUGCCAGAGAAAUCCAAUUCCUAGGGGUGAAAUGGCAAGAUGGACGUCGUCAGAUUCCAACAGACGUCAUCAAUAAGAUCGUAGCAAUGGCUCCACCGACAAACAAAAAAGAAACCCAAGCUUUUCUGGGAGCCAUAGGCUUCUGGAGGAUGCACAUCCCAGAGUACAGCCAAAUUGUAAGCCCUCUUUACUUUGUGACCCGUAAAAAGAACAACUUCCAGUGGGGUCCUGAACAACAACAGGCUUUUAGGCAAAUCAAGCAAGAGAUUGCACAUGCCGUGGCUCUUGGUCCAGUCAGGACGGGACCAGAUGUAAAGAAUGUACUUUACUCUACAGCUGGAGAUAAAGGUCCCUCCUGGAGCCUCUGGCAAAAAGUGCCUGGCGAGACGCGAGGGCGACCACUUGGUUUCUGGAGCCGAAGCUACAGAGGUUCUGAAGCCAACUACACCCCUAUGGAAAAAGAAAUCUUAGCGGCAUAUGAAGGCAUACGAGCAGCCUCAGAAGUGAUUGGUACCGAAACACAACUCUUCCUGGCACCCCGAUUACCAGUGCUGAGCUGGAUGUUCAAGGGUAAGGUGCCCUCUACGCAUCAUGCCACCGAUGCCACGUGGAGCAAGUGGAUGGCUUUGAUUACGCAACGUGUCCGAAUGGGAAACUCGAAUCGCCCUGGAAUUUUGGAAAUUAUAACCAAUUGGCCUGAAGGUGGGAACUUCAGUCUGGCGGAUGAAGAAGAAGAAGAGCCAGUGAGUCGAGUUGAAGAAGCUCCGCCAUAUAAUCAGUUGCCAGAUGAAGAGACACGUUAUGCCCUCUUCACUGACGGUUCUUGCCGCAUUGUAGGAAGGAGCCGGAAGUGGAAAGCAGCUGUGUGGAGUCCCACCCGACGGGUGGCAGAAGCCACUGAAGGUAAAGGUGAAUCGAGUCAGUUUGCGGAACUCAAAGCUGUCCAAUUGGCCUUAGACAUUGCAGAAAGAGAAGGAUGGCCAAGACUCUACCUCUACACUGAUUCGUGGAUGAUAGCCAAUGCCCUAUGGGGAUGGCUAGACAGGUGGAAGAAAAUGAAUUGGAGACGUAGAGGAAAACCCAUCUGGGCUGCCGACUUGUGGCAAGACAUCGCUGCCAGAGUGAAAAAACUGAAUGUGAGAGUCCGCCAUGUAGAUGCCCAUGUGCCCAAGGAUCGAGCUAAUGAGGAACACACUCAUAACAGACAAGCAGACCGUGCUGCACAAGUCGAGGUGUCACAAGUAGACCUAGACUGGCAGCAAAAGGGUGAGUUGUUCCUAGCUCGAUGGGCCCAUGAUGCUUCAGGCCAUCAGGGCCGAGAUGCCACCUAUAGAUGGGCACGAGACCGAGGGGUGGAUUUGACCAUGGACUCUAUUUCCCAGGUUAUCCAUGACUGUGAAACCUGUGCUGCCAUUAAACAGGCCAAAAGGUUGAAGCCCCUAUGGUAUGGUGGACGCUGGGACAAGUAUAGAUACGGAGAAGCAUGGCAGGUCGACUACAUCACAUUGCCACAAACCCGCCAAGGUAAACACUAUGUGCUUACCAUGGUGGAAGCGACUACUGGAUGGUUAGAGACAUAUUCGGUACCACAUGCAACAGCCCGGAAUACCAUUCUAGGUCUCGAGAAGCAAGUCCUGUGGAGACAUGGUACUCCAGAACGAAUUGAGUCAGACAAUGGGACUCAUUUUAAGAAUAAUCUGGUGGCCACUUGGGCACGGGAGCAUGGUAUUGAAUGGGUAUAUCACAUUCCAUAUCAUGCACCCGCCGCUGGGAAAAUUGAAAGGUGUAAUGGACUGUUAAAAACAACUCUGAAGGCACUAGGUGAGGGAACUUUCAAGAACUGGGACAAGCACUUAGCCAAGGCCACCUGGCUAGUUAACACUAGAGGCUCUGUCAAUCGAGCUGGUCCUGCCCAAGCAGAAUCCCUCCACACUGUAGAUGGAGACAAAGUUCCAGCGAUCCAUCUGAGAGGAAACCAGUCACCAGGUGGGAAAGACCUGAACAAACUAAUGCCGGUAUCCAGUGAUAAACCAGCCCAGACCAGAGAACCAGCUCUAAAACCACAACUGUAA